AGUCUUAAUUAUUAAAAGGUUGGAAGUUGAGGGUUAUGCUAUAAAAAGGAAGUGAUGAAGCUACAAACACACAGGCCGAAGCGCAAAUUAAACCUACCUACACACUAGCCUCCUGCAAACCCGCUAUUUUUUUCUGCUCCUUUCGAUUUUCAUCAUGUCAAGCAAGUCAUUCUCCAGUCUAAUUCCUCCUACAUGGGACAUCGAUAUUGGACUCGACAGUGGCUCUAUUCGCGAUGACGAUUCGUCUUCUUGCAUUCAGAAGCAGCAGAAGAAGAAGGUCAAGCUGUUCGGGUUUGACCUAACGACGAUCGCCGCCUGCGAGAACCGAGACGAAGAAGAGGGCACCCCGAAAUCGGAUCUUGUGGAGAGAGAUGAUCACGAGAGCGUGAACUCGUCCAACACAGACCCGUCUUCAUCAAGAGACGACAAGUACAAGACACUUCUGGCCAACAGCAACAUCAGAGAGGGAUCAUCGUCGGUCUUGACCUCCAACACGCACCGAUCGAAGAAGCUCUUCGAGUGCCAGUACUGUGCCAAGACGUUUGCGAAUUCACAGGCCUUGGGGGGUCACCAGAACGCCCACAAGAAGGAGAGGUUGAGGAAGAAGAAGUUGCAGCUCCAAGCCAGGAGAGCGAGCCUCCAGAGUUACCUCCAAGCGUAUCGAAAUUAUUACUACCGUAGUUCUAAUGGGGUUCUUGAUUUCAGAGGGUCCAAUGAUGAUCAGUGGUAUAUAGACCCUUCCUCGUGCUAUCUCUCUGCACCUGGUGAUCAGCUUGCGCUCUGCGAUCAGGAGCCCCAGAUUAGCUUCGCCGACGUCUCGGAUCAUCGAGAAGGUCUGCCUUUUGGCAGAUCCACUCGAGUUCAAAAUUGGCAUGCUCCUGAUGUACUACCGGCUAAUACCGGAUAUUAUCAGCAUAAGAAAUGAAUGUCUGCUGUAAAAUGUAACGACGUUGCGAGUUAUUUAUACAGAAUAUUUUGGUCUCUAA